AGAGAUACACACGCUCCUAGCCCCACAGGACGAUCUUGCCAGUGAAUUACUUGACUGACUCUUGGAUUUUUUACCCGCUUGGAUUAAAGUCAGCUCAGAAUAUAUCACAAAACCAUCAGUUCGAGCAACCUUGAACCAUACGUCAAGAUGGCAUUCCUGAAAUUUGCUGCUGUCCUCCUCACCUGCUUCAUCCAUUUAUGUGCUUCCCAAUCUGUCGACGUUGAAAUCACUGUGUCCAGCCCGUCUGACAUCAUCGACGGGGAGAGCACCGAUGUCACCUUCAGCGUGGACUUCACCCCGUUCAGCGGGGCCGCCUCGGUCAUCAACGCCCUCUCCCCCUCGACGCGCUACACUGUCAUCGCCGGUAUGUUCACCUCGGAUGCAGGGGACGUGAGCAGCUCCAUUGGUGGCACUGAGGUGACCCUGAGCAGUCGCCAGCUUAACGAAACCCUGACGGACGGCGUGGCCACCACCUUUUCCGGACUGACGGCCGCCCUAGACCUGACCAGCGAGGAUUGCGGUAACGACGGCACCGACUACACCUACUUCUGCGUCAUCGUCUCGCCUAACACGUCUGGUGCUGGCUGGUCAGGCGUAGACACCUCCAACAACACCGACUGUGCCUCUUUAGUGUGCAAAGCUGUUGUGGAUCUGAAUGUGGAUACCCUGUCCAUCACUAAUCCUGACGAUGGAGUGAUCGGCGUUGGUGCCGGCCAGGCUAUCGAGUUUGACGUAGAUAUCUCGUCCCCGGCCUCCUCCGAUUCCGUCAUCGGUGUCAGCAACUGGGCCGUGUCCAUGUGGCUGUCCGAUGCGGAUUCUAGCGGCACCGUGGUCGCCCUGACCAGCGUUACCCUGACCUCGGCCCAGCUCACCGUGGACCUGACCAACGGCAGCUCGGCUGACAUCGACGACAUGGCGGUCACGCUGGACCUGACGUCCGUCACCUGCAGCCAGUUCAGCUACAGUUGCGUCUCCGUUGAGCCGGCCAGCGGCGCUUCCUGGAAGAUCCAGACCACGGGGGCUUCCAACUCCAACACCGCCUGUACGGCUGUCACCUGUGGCGCCACCAUCGCACAGAUCAGUUUGGUUUUCCUUGGGCUCUGCUUCCUCCUGACGUCACUUCUUAUGAACCAGUCAUAGGCAUCCUUAAAGGACUCCAUCACCCUUCAUUCAAAGACUUUGAGCCAAAUCAGAGACAGUGCAGGCCGAAACAGUGCUGAACUUGUGUGUUAUUACGUGUCAUUUAGGGGACUCAGUAACUCGAACACAAGAUUGGAAAGUGAGGAAAUGGGCCUUGUUAUUUUCAGAGAAAAUGCUGUUCAUGAUCUAAACAUUCCAAAACUACAGAACACCGCUAAUCAUAAUUAAUUAAGAAGCUUCGAAGAGGAUUCAGUCUACUUUGGAAAGUGAAUCCCAUUUUGGUUUCAUCAUUCAAAAAAAUCCGUUAGAAGAUUCCGUUUUCAAAAUUCCUCCUACAACAAAAUUAAAUUUUAGAAACUCUGAAGUAUGGAUUUUAUCCUUCCUGUGUAGAGAGCCACUAAAGCUAUGAAUGGAAAAUCCAAUAUGUAAAUAGGUCAUAUUUUGUAAAAUAUUUUAAGAUAAUUUGUAUCGCAUAUUUUGGAGGCAACUGGCAUACAUGAAUAUAUUUUAUAUUUCUGUAUGUUAAAUUGCAAGCAAUGGAGUUUUGUUCAGUUAUUAUUUUUUAGUAAAAUGCCAUUUUCUAAAUAAUCACCAGAUGAGAGUGACUUAAGCUUUAUAGUCCACAGUCGGUUUCAGACAGGCAAUGACCACUAAUGCGUAUCGACAUUUUAGCUAUGUGCCAUUUCGGUUUUGAACAUUCUCAGCAAAAAAAAUGUUCAUGGAGGAUUUGGAUGACGGCGCGCCUCGGUUUACACAUUUCUGUCCUUUGAAAAACCAACCCUAAAAGGAUCUAAAUUUGUUAACUGUUGAACAUUCAACCUCCUAAACGUUUUUACGAAAAUGUUCUGAACUACAAAGAUUCCGUUAGAAUAAUUAUGUGAUGUCUCCUCUGCGACCGUGGACAUACCGUUUUCAUUAUCCUUACAAUAAUUACUAAAGGUCUUUUAUGAGAAUCGGUCAAAAGGACUUAUUAUUGUCGGGCACUUUAAAAUGUAAACAGUUCUGUUGGUUUGACGUCAACCACAGUGCUUUUUCCCCGUCUAUUGACACUUUUUAUUGUCUUUUCGUCGUGUCUGUCUUUGUUGAUUGCUGAAAUCAGGGUGCGCACCAUAAUUUGUUUUAAGUUGUUAUUGAAAGAGUGAUGAA